CGCGAUAGGUUUGUGGCAGUGAAAUCAAGUUGAUAGUUUUUAUUGUCGUUUUUUUUUUUUUUGAGCGGGGGCGAAAAUCAAGUUGACAAUGUAGUGUGAUAAAUGAAGUUGAUAAGUGUGUAGGAGUCAAUUUCACCACAAUCUCAGCACAGUUGACACUGACCAAAAGUCACUUCUAAUCAAAUGGCUUCAGUGUGUUCUCAGACGUGGUGACUACCUCCCCCAGAUACCCGCCCAUGCACUGGAUUCAACGGCUCGACUCCUUUUCUUGAAUGUUGGUAAGUUUUAUUCCUUUACAUAACAGUCCAUUACAGUGGGGGGGGGGGGCGGGUGUUGUUGGGGGGAGGCCGGCUUGGUCAGGGGCAUCAAAGGUGUGGAUCUUUACAGCAAUCUUAAAAACAACAAAAUGGGGAUAAGGAGACUUAAAAAGGUCGUCUGCGAGUCCACACCUUUUCAUAAAUACAAUGGAAUCAAACCUCCGAUGAAAAAAACUUUUGGGCUAUGAUUGUUGGAAUGAGGUUUUGUUGUAUGUCGGUCGUUCAACAAUUAAUCAUUGGCAAAAAGUUUUUGAUCUGAAAUCAUUUUACUAACGAAAUUUAAAAAAAAGAAAAAAAAAGUUCUAUUUUCGUUUCAAAUAUUUAGAAAUCCCUUCUGUGGUGGAUAAACUAGAAACCGUACCCACUGCCCACGAAGACCGGAGAUCCAGUGACGGAACCAGAAGAGGCGUCACGACCUACCACGUGACCCACCCGAUCGCCUCUCUCUCGUAAAGCGUAGAGGGAAUGUAAGAUUACGGGGCCUGGUCAGGUCUUUCAUCUACCCGACGUCAGGUCUUUCAUCUACCCGACGUCAGGUCUUUCAUCUACCCGACGUCAGGUCUUUCAUCUACCCGACGUCAGGUCUUUCAUCUACCCGACGUCAGGUCUUUCAUCUACCCGACGUCAGGUCUUUCAUCUACCCGACGUCAGGUCUUUCAUCUACCCGACGUCAGGUCUUUCAUCUACCCGACGUCAGGUCUUUCAUCUACCCGACGUCAGGUCUUUCAUCUACCCGACGUCAGGUCUUUCAUCUACCCGACGUCAGGUCUUUCAUCUACCCGACGUCAGGUCUUUCAUCUACCCGACGUCAGGUCUUUCAUCUACCCGACGACAUUUCUGAACACUGUUGGGGACUAAAUUCUGAGUGAGCGAGCGAAAAAGACAUUCUACGGGGAUAUUUUAUUUAAGAUUGGUUCGUUUCUUUAAAGGUAUGGUUUUUUAGAAAUAAAAAGAAAAACGUUUGUCUACCUUUUUCAAGAUAAGAUAAGAUAAGAUAAGAUAAGAUAAGAUAAGAUAAGAUAAGAUAAGAUAAGAUAAGUUAUUUACUUUCACGAUAUUUAAAAAAAAAAUAAAUGAAUAACAAGUAAGAACAAUUAAUUCAGCCUGCAUGUUAUAGUUUAUGGAAUGGUGACGUUGCCAGUUGCGAUUAUGACAUAAUUUAUGUGGUGGUUGUCGCUGUUGCUUUAUUGGCUGAGUUAUGUUUAGUUGUUUUGUUGUAAUCUUCUGGACAUGCGUUCUCGGUUUUUUUGUUGUUUUUUUUUUGUCUGAUAAGAAAAAACUUUUCAUGUUGUUUUUUGUUUUUUUUUUCUUGUCAUAGACUUUAAAAAAAAAAUGUUUUGUGAAAAUAAUAGAUUUUAUUUUCCCCAUGGAGUUUUAAAAUAUACCAAAUAAAAUAUUAAUUUGAAUAAAGCAAGAAAGUAGGUCAAGGUACGUUUCAUUAAUGAUUAAAUUCAAAUGAAGGUCUGAAACUCCGUUUCCUCAAAUUUGAUCAAAAGAAAUUUCGUCGACGGUAAAAAUGAUCGACGGUAAUUUGAUCGAACGGAAAUUUGGUCGAAUCUUUUUUUUUCUUCUUCAGUUUUAGUUUAAAAUGUUGCUUCAAAUUUCUUUUUGAACGCAUUAUUUUGUUUUACUCUAUAGUAUGAUGCGUUCAAAAAGAAAUUUGACGCAAAUUUCAAUGUGUGAACUGAACAAAGAUUCUAACCAAAUUUCCGUUCGAUCAAAUUUCCGUCGAUCAAUUUCCCGUCGACGAAAUUUCUUUCGAUCAAAUUUCCGGUAACUCUGAAAUUCUGUUUUACAAAAAAAAAAAAAAAAAAAAAAAAAAAAAAAAAAAGGGCUGUUACAGACUUCUCUGUCUCCUUAGGGAAAAUAUGGAUCACGAGGGCGCGGGAAUGCUUUUGCAUAGAGUCGAUAAUGAGGCCAGCAAUCACAUCUUUUUUUUUUUUUAAGUCGGUCUUUUCAAUCACGGACUUACAACCACGUCUGUCAAUCAUUCAGGUCUCAAAUGAUAUUAGCUCGUCCUGGUCUUAUCAAACAAACAAACAGAUCAAUAAAAAAUAAUAGUAAUAAAUAAUGUUGAAAAAAAAAUUGAUUCUAUCCAUCCACCUCUGUGGCGCUACAGCCCAUGUCGGGUUUAGUCCUGCCUCACCACUUCCUUCCACUCAGACCUAACGGAAGCUUUUCUUUUCCAUACUUGGAUUCCCAGCUGAUGUAGAUCUUUUUCCACACCACCCAUCCCUCUAAGCCUGGGUCUGCCUUUGAGCCUUUUUCCUCUGGUGUUUUGGUGGUGCACCCUCUUCAGUCCUCUGCCAUUUGGCAUUCUCUCUCUCUAAGUGUCCCGCCCAGCGUAGAGUAUCUUCCCCCCCCCCUUCCAACUAGCGUGGAAUCCUGAUAUAGUCUACACGAUUCCUGGUUGGUUCGUAUUCUCAAUCCAUAUUCAUCCUUUGUCGGUCCAUUUAUUUUCAAGAGAACUUUUCUCUCCCACGUAUUUAAAAGGUGAUUCUGCCGCUUAUAUAAUUAAAUUUGAAAUAAUUUAAAUCUAGAAAUGCGUCAUCCAUGUUGUUGUUUUUGUUUGUUUUUUUUGGGGGGGGGGGAAGGGUGUGGGGUUGGGGUGCAUGGAAUAAAAGAUCUGUUGAUUAAAAAACAAAUUAUGAGCCAGCCAAAUAAAUGGAUUACGCUGAUUUCAUCUUACCUUCUUGUUACCUUCUGGUUACCUUCUUGUUGUCAACAUGAUGAUCAGUGAGUGAAGAAAGUUUACAUGAUUGCUGUCUUAUUACAUGAACACAGAGUAAGAUCAAUUUUACCAACUUAUAUCAACUAUUUACACAGAGUUAGAUCAAUUUUAUCAACUUAUAUCAACUAUUUACACACAGUUAUAUCCAUUUUAUCAACUUAUAUCAACUGUUAUCAAAUUGUAACAAACGUUAUUAUAUUCUAUUAAUUUAUGUGAGACACUAUGAGGUUCUAUCUCAUUAAAAGACACCUUAAAAAAAGGAAUACUUAUUUUUAUAUGGACAAAAAUAUCUAACAUGGCUUCUAAAGUUUCACCGGAUUUUUUUUUUGUUUUUUUUUUUUUUUUUUCCACGUUUCCAUACUAAAAAAUUUAUAUUAAAAAAAACACUUGUAAAAUGUCUCAAAUGCGCUUUUGGUGCGUAAUAUUUUCUUUCCUUUUUUUUUUUACAUAUGUCACAAUUUACAUUUAAUGUAAUGACUGCACAAAAAUCUGUGAGAGGGGGGGGGGCAUUAGACUAGUAAUAUAGUUCAGCGGAAGUAGACAAGUGGGCGUCGGCGUACCUGAAGGGUGAGGAGCGGAUGCGGUCAGCACGAGUUGGGAUUCUUAUAAAGUGAUUAUCUUGAAUGCAGGUUUUGUUAAGUAACUUUAGUGGAUAGGGUGGUCGACGCGUCGCCGCUGCCACUGUCUGGCCGGGCCAGAUCGAGUACACAAUUUGGCAUAACGGAAAAGAAACUAACAUUUAAAAUGCCCUACUAAAAAGUGUUUCCUAAAAAAAUGUAUGUUUUUUUUGGGUUAAAACUAUACCAAUCCCCCUUGACACUAUCGAGUUCACUUCUCUCCAUCCAGUGUCCACUCUUAGAUACGAGCGUCUACUCCCCUGAAACGAGGGUUCCCAGUUAGCAAUGUGAGUGAUCCGUGUUAACAAUGUGAGUGAUCUGUGUUAAAAAUGUGAGUGAUCCAUGUUAACAAUGUGAGUGAUCCGUGUUAACAAUGUCAGUGAUCCAUGUUAACAAUGUGAGUGAUCCAUGUUAACAAUGUGAGUUAUCCAUGUUAACACUGUGAGUGAUCCACGUAAACACUGCGAGCGAUCCAUGUAAUCAUUAUGAGCUCUCCGUGUUACGACUGAGACCCGCUGAUUUCUGAGUCCACAUUUUUACCAGCUCCCAGGCCAUGCUCUCACGCCGAGUUACGGCCCCUUGCCUGGCUAAUUAAUUUGUUCGGUCCCACGAGAGUUAACUUGUCAUUAGCACGGACACAGAUUGUGGACAACACAGCGCCGUGCUUAUAAUUAACUCUUUCACACCCAACUUUAUCUAAGCUGUAAAGAAAAAAAAAACAACUUCUAAAGGUAAUCUAAAGAUUAAAAGAAAGAGAAAAUCACCAAUAACUUUAAACAAAAAUGUAAGCGAAGGGUUUGUGGUAGAAAGGAUUGUGUACAAAGCGGACACAGAGGAAGAGGUGUUUAUAUUGAAAAUGGACGGAUUUAGAGGAAGUGGUGUUUAAGUUGAAAUUGGACCUAUUUAGGGGACGAGGUGUUUAAGUUGAAAGUGGACGUAUUUAGAGGAAGAAGUGUUUAAGUUGAAAGUGGACGUAUUUAGAGGAAGAAGUGUUUAAGUUGAAAGUGGACGUAUUUAGAGGAAGUGGUGUUUAAGUUGAAAGUGGACGUAUUUAGAGGAAGUGGUGUUUAAGUUGAAAGUGGACGUAUUUAGAGGACGAGGUGUUUAAGUUGAAAGUGGACGUAUUUAGAGGAAGAAGUGUUUAAGUUGAAAGUGGACGUAUUUAGAGGAAGUGGUGUUUAAGUUGAAAGUGGACGUAUUUAGAGGACGAGGUGUUUAAGUUGAAAGUGGAGGUAUUUAGAGGAAGUGGUGUUUAAGUUGAAAGUGGACGUAUUUAGAGGACGAGGUGUUUAAGUUGAAAGUGGACGUAUUUAGAGGAAGAAGUGUUUAAGUUGAAAGUGGACGUAUUUAGAGGAAGUGGUGUUUAAGUUGAAAGUGGACGUAUUUAGAGGAAGAGGUGUUUAAGUUGAAAGUGGACGUAUUUAGAGGAAGAAGUGUUUAAGUUGAAAGUGGACGUAUUUAGAGGAAGUGGUGUUUAAGUUGAAAGUGGACGUAUUUAGAGGAAGUGGUGUUUAAGUUGAAAGUGGACGUAUUUAGAGGAAGAAGUGUUUAAGUUGAAAGUGGACGUAUUUAGAGGAAGAAGUGUUUAAGUUGAAAGUGGACGUAUUUAGAGGAAGAAGUGUUUAAGUUGAAAGUGGGCGUAUUUAGAGGAAGAAGUGUUUAAGUUGAAAGUGGACGUAUUUAGAGGAAGAAGUGUUUAAGUUGAAAGUGGACGUAUUUAGAGGAAGAAGUGUUUAAGUUGAAAGUGGACGUAUUUAGAGGAAGAAGUGUUUAAGUUGAAAGUGGACGUAUUUAGAGGAAGUGGUGUUUAAGUUGAAAGUGGACGUAUUUAGAGGAAGAAGUGUUUAAGUUGAAAGUGGACGUAUUUAGAGGAAGAGGUGUUAAAGUUGAAAGUGGACGUAUUUAGAGGACGAGGUGUUUAAGUUGAAAGUGGACGUUUUUUAGAGGAAGACGUGUUUAAGUUGAAAGUGGACGUAUUUAGAGGAAGUGGUGUUUAAGUUGAAAUUGGACGUAUUUAGAGGAAGAGGUGUUUAAGUUGAAAGUGGACGUAUUUAGAGGAAGAAGUGUUUAAGUUGAAAGUGGACGUAUUUAGAGGAAGAGGUGUUUAAGUUGAAAGUGGACGUAUUUAGAGGAAGUGGUGUUUAAGUUGAAAGUGGACGUAUUUAGAGGAAGAGGUGUUUAAGUUGAAAAUUGACGUUGAAGUUUAAGCUCAGUAUUUCAAAGAGUAGUGUUUGGUAACAAAGCAGUACUGUAUGUAACUUUUGUUAGACAAAUUUUAUCCUUAAAAUAAUGUAUACAUAUUGAGCCUACAUAUAAAAAUGCUGAGUAGUGUAUUAUUAUCUUUUUAAAUUUAGAUCCACAAUCUAUGUUGGUUAUAUCUAUGCAUCGCAUACCUUCUAGAAACCUAAAAACAACAACAUCAACAAAAAAAACAAAAACAAAACCAACUCAAGCCUCUUUUACCCCCAAAAUUUUCAGAGUGCUUAAAUUUAAUUUUAGAUCAAGUCCCGAAAAUGUGGACUAUGCUCUCUAAAUAUCUGUUUCCUAAUCAUUUGAACGGUUGUUAUAACCUCUGCAGUUAAGCCCACGGUUGAUAUUGCUCACAAGGCGAUCUUCAGCUUGUUCAAACUUUGCCGAACCAGAAGUUCUGUCCGCUACUCUACAGACAGCGUCUUCUACCAGACGCGAUGUUGUAUUAGCGGAUAUAGUGUAGGUAAAAAAGGGUAAAUGGGGAGGGGGGGGGGGGCACCACCGUCUUACCCGGCCCUAUGAAUAUGUCUCGAGCUUUCACAUGGCUCCCUGCACAAAACGGCUGGCCUUUGCUUGACCCGCCAAUUCGUAUGCAGAUCAGAUCAGACACGGAGUGAAAGGGGGUUUUCUCCGCGACCACGGUGUCAUUGCCCAAGUGAAUAAUUUACACGAGUCAAUAUUGAUAGAUGACUACCGGACACUUCAAACAAAUGUGUACUCGAUACUUUCAAUACCGACACUUUAAAAAAAAUUGUAAACUCGAUACUUUCAAUACUGAAACUUUAAACAAAUUUUUAUUCGAUACUUUUUUUAAAAAAAAGCUUAAGGAUAAUUUGAGUCGGAAUGUUAAGGAGUCGUAAUCACUUCUGUGACGCCUAUUUACAUUCGAUAAAAAGUUAUGAAUAAAUUAUCUUACUUUUAUCCACAAUCUUAAAAAUCAUCAAAAUUGCGUGGGUUGAUUUCACCCUACUCUCACCCCAAAAGUCUCUUCGCCCUGGAGUAACAUGUCAACCAAGAUACCCCAAAGGAGAUAUUUCCUUGUGAGCAUGUCGACUGCGAUGUUCCCUCCUCUCACUGUGAAGGAGACCCACUGUGAAGCCAGGGCGUAACAAGAAAUAUAAGACAAAGGCUCUCAAAUGGGAUGGGGCCGCGUAAAUAACAUGUGUAUAUCCCAUUUUCAUAUCUUCUUAUGUUGCUAAUUGGAUCACUGUGAGGUCUGGAAGAUGAGGCAAAUGCUCUUUUCGUUUCACAUUUGAUUGGUCAAACCAUUUGAAUGUCCAAAUAUUUGGUGAGGCAUUCGAUUGGUCCAACAAUUUCAAUGUCCAAAUAUUUGGUGAGGCAUUUGAUUGGUCCAACCAUUUCAAUGUUCAAAUAUUUGGUGAGGCAUUCGAUUGGUCCAACAAUUUCAAUGUCCAAAUAUUUGGUGAGGCAUUUGAUUGGUCCAACCAUUUCAAUGUUCAAAUAUUUCAUGAGACAUUUGAUUGGUCCAACCAUUUCAAUGUCCAAAUAUUUCAUGAGACAUUUGAUUGGUCCAACCAUUUCAAUGUCCAAAUAUUUCAUGAGACAUUUGAUUUGUCCAACCAUUUGAAUGUCCAAAUAUUUGGUGAGGCAUUUGAUUGGUCCAACCAUUUCAAUGUCCAAAUAUUUGGUGAGGCAUUUGAUUGGUCCAACCAUUUCAAUGUCCAAAUAUUUGGUGAGGCAUUUGAUUGGUCCAACCAUUUCAAUGUCCAAAUAUUUGGUGAGGCAUUUGAUUUUUCCAACCAUUUCAACGUCCAAAUAUUUCAUGAGGCAUUUGAUUGGUCUACCCAUUUGAAUAGCAUGUACGACUGACGAUUAUUGUAUGUGUGUGCUGAGUGAACUUUUGUGACCUGAUCGUCCUGUGUUGUUGUCGUGUUGCAUGACUGGACGUGGUGAGCUGUUUUCAAGGAACGUUUAAACUUAAAUGGGGGAACACUGGGUUAGGGAAAUGGAGUGAGAAGUCAUGUGAUGUGAGUCAGGUAUAAAAAGAAUGUAGAUUGAGGAAUAAAGAUGAGCUGUUAUACUGACCACACACGCGCGGGUUGGGAUCAUAUUGUAUCAUUACGCCCAAUACAAAGUCGCAAAACACUGUGAAAGCCAUUUGUUUGGACUACCCAACCCCCACCCCCCCCCCCCCCCCCCCCCCCCCCCGCCCCACACACCGCUAGCCCACUUCAUAUCCCCCCCCCCCCCACCCCCACCCCCACCCCCCCCCCCCCUGACAGUUCCCAAAUAGUUGUAUAGCCAUUUGAAUCCCCCCCCCCCCUCUUCCCCGACAAUGUCCAAAUAGUUUUUCGGCCAAUGUCGGCUUUUAUUCAUGUCGAAAUUGGUCCCCAUGUUGCUGGUGACACAUUUUUCUGAACGAUAGCAGGCAAAUAGUGUCCAAUAAAAAUAAAAUGUAAUAAUAUAAGAUUCCCUUGUAAGGGACUUAAUUCCUGUUAAAAGGAUUAUGAACUUAGUUGCCUUCCUUAAUUGUACACAUUUUACUGUAUUAAAAAAACAAAAACAAAAAACAUCCUUUAUGUUUUUUUCUAUCAUUACAUGACAAACUCAUCACUGACUCCUGAUGUGUCAGAAAAGGUCUGGUACUGAUUACGACUUCCAUUGGUUAGAUUCAGUUCGACUGAUGGCUCUCUACAUUAAAACAUUACAUUUUGGUAACAAAAUUAUUACCCUUAGCCAAAGACCUGAGAACUUUAUAUUGUUUGUAUUGUUUGAAGGUUACGCUAAGGAUGUGAGUUCAAUGUAUCUGUACCACCCCCACACCUUCCUCCCCCCCCAUUUAUAUUGUUUUUAUUGUUUGAAGGUUACCCAAAGGGAGUGAGUUCAAUGUAUCUGUACCCCCCCCCCCCCCUCCCCCCCCCCCCCCCCGGAUGUUUGAAAAAAUGAACAAGAUCAAACCAAACAUCAAUUGAACGCCCCAAACUUGACCUACUUUCAGAGUUGCACAGUUUAUUAAUCAAAUAUAUGUUAUGGGCUCUUAGAACAUGACAGAUCCUCAUGGGGACGCACACAUUUAUUUAGUCGACGUUGGUUCGCCAUCAGUCCUGCCCCCCCUCCCCCACGACCCUAAUAAAUUGUGUCGUAGAAUAGAAUGUUUGAUGAAUUCUGCUCUAAGCCUUAUUCAAAGGGUUGUACGCGAAAUGUCGUGUGUGCCAUGGGCGUCUUUUGGGUUUCUGAACUGUGCCAUGGGCGUCUUUUGGGUUUCUGAACUGUGCCAUCGGCGUCUUUUGGGUUUCUGAACUGUGCCAUCGGCGUCUUUUGGGUUUCUGAACUGUGCCAUCGGCGUCUUUUGGGUUUCUGAACUGUGCCAUCGGCGUCUUUUGGGUUUCUGAACUGUGCCAUGGGUGUCUUUUGGUUUUCUGAACUGUGACAUGGGUGUCUUUUGGGUUUCUGAACUGUGUCAUGGGUGUCUUUUGGGUUUCUGAACUGUGCCAUGGGGCGUCUUUUGGGUUUCUGAACUGUGCCAUGGGCGUCUUUUGCGUUUCUGAACUGUGCCAUGGGCGUCUUUGAAUUUCUGUUCUUGGACAUGGGCGUCUUUUGGUUUAUGAAUAGUCUCAGUUCGCUUUGACCAUUGGUCUGCACAGUAAACCACACGUGCCAUGCCCGUGUCCAUAUCAAGUAGAGCAAAUUUUUAAUUUAUUUAAAUUUUGAAGACAUCAGGUAACAUUAUCUUCGAACGCUUGAAGGUUUAAUCACAAAAUGCAACUUUGAUGCCCGAAGCUCUCACUGUUUACCAUACUUUAUUUAACACCAUCUGACAUUUUAUUUUCUUUGGGGGGGGGGGUGUACUUUCAAAUAAUACAAUUUAUUCACCUAAAAAAGGAGAAAGAGAGCGAAAGAAGGUGUGGAAGGUGAAUUGAUAAUUUCAAUAACAGGCGGACACACUGAUAUUGCCAUUAAAUAAAAUCUACCGUGUAUGCUUUUCUUUUCUUCUGCAUCACCAAAUGGGCCGAGUACUAACAAAAAUAUUUAAAAAAUGGACCACGUGACUUACCAAACGAUAUUCUUAGGAAUGAAGCACUCUAAAGUCACGUGGGACUCUGAUUUCAAAGUUUGUACAAACACCUCCUCACCGCAACACCGGAGCCCCCACUUUCGGGCCCCAAGAGCUCCGGCAGCGGUUUACCGAGUACACAUUCUUGACAGACCUCCCCAAAACUCGCUUCCGUCAUAAACAUUGGUGUUUAAACACUGAGCGCUUUCCGCUAGCUGGAUGGUGCUUAGGUCUCUACCAUUAAACUCCUGAUGCUUUGAAGAUUCAGUGUGUUGUUUGUUGUAAUGAACCAUUAAGAGAUUUGCACCAGGGGUUGCAGUUUUAACUUCUUUGUCGGAGAUUUCAAAAAUCCAGAUAUAUUAUUUUAAAUCGACCGAAUUUCAUAAAAAAAGUUAGAUUUCGCUUCAUGAUUUUUAUGUGUGUCAUGCAACUUUUUAUAAGUGUUUUAUUCAACUUUUUAUGUUAUCAAAGUCAAGUUAAACUUUUUUUUUUAGUUUUCAGUGGAUAACAGGAUUAAGUUUAGAUUUUGAUUUAAUUCAUUUAAAAACCAAUGAGAAUUUGUAGCUUUCUGUCCAUACGAUGUGUCAUCAUUGAGUCCAUGCGAAAUGUCAACUUUGAGUCCAUGCGAGUUGUCAUCUUUGAUUCCAUGCGAGGUGUUAUCUUUGAUUCCAUGCGAGGUGUCAUCUUUGGGUCCAUGCGAGGUGUUAUCUUUGAUUCCAUGCGAGGUGUCAUCUUUGAGACCAUGCAAGGUGUCAUCUUUGAAUCCAUGGAUGUGUCAUCUUUGAGUCCAUGCGAGGUGUCAUCUUUGAGUCCCAUACUCAGACUGUUGUUUCUGUUGCUACGCCACUCAAGCUAUAGAAGUUAUUUCGUGAAAAAUUGUCCUUGAAACCCCAUUUUGUAGUCAUUUUUUGUUGUUGUUUUUUGUAUCGCUUUUGUGUCAAGAUUCUCUCUGUCUCUGUAAGCUGCGGACCAAGCCGUUUAUUACAUGGUCACCUUAUCACGGCAUUGACAAUCUCUGGUCAAAUAAUUAUUGACCACAUUUCAAAAAAGGAAGCGUGUCUCUUAUGUUCUAGCUUGGAGCUGGGGGCUCGUCUGAUUUAGAACCACUGUUUGCUUGUCGGACUCAUUAGGUCGGGUCUCGCUGACCGACGUUAUCACCGAGCAGAUAGAAUUUUACGGCUGAAAACAUUACCAUUACUUUAUGCGGGAAAGAUCUUGAAAACAUUACCAUUUCUUUAUGCGGGAAAGAUCUUGAAAACAUUACCAUUACGUUAGCGAUAAUGUACAGACCGUUAAAAAACAACAACAUAAAAUGGCGUAACAUAAGAUUUAUGCUUUGAAUAAUUGCCCUGCUGUGUAUGCGAUAUUAAUAAUCGAUAAACGAUAUCAGUAAUCGAUCCUGUUUUUUUUUUUUUAAAUAGAUUUAAAUCUCAUUACAAUAAGGCGGCCACAUUACGUGGCUGCCCGGUGGCAUUCAAUACAAUGCACAAAAAUUGUGUGCUGCUGGUUUAGUUUUAAAAGGAACACGUUUUAAAAAAAAUAAUAAUAAUUUUUCUUUUAUUUAAUUUUUCCGGAAUUCUUGAGACUUUUUUUUUUUUGGAUCGGAUUCCAACUUUUUGUUUUAUCUGUAGCUUAUGGCGUAGUAUGAAAUACGCAUUGAAAAAACAUGAAUAAAUAUAACAUAAAAUACUAAAACAAUUACUAUACCAACAUAUAUAACCGUUUAUCACCAUAUAUCACAGUAGGUCACAAUAUAUGACUAUAUAUAUCCAUAUAUCGCCAUAUAUCACAAAAUAUCACAAUAUAUAUCACAUAUUGCCAUAUAUCACCAUAUACCGCCAUAUAUCAUCAUAUAUCGCCAUAUAUCACCAUAUAUCGCCAUAUAUCGCCAUAUAUCGCCAUAUAUCACCAUAUAUCGCCAUAUAUCACCAUAUAUCACCAUAUAUCGCCAUAUAUCACCAUAUAUCGCCAUAUAUCACCAUGUAUUUUCAAAUGUCACCAUACAUCGACAUAUAUCAUCAUGUAUUGCCAUAUAUCGAUUUUUACCGCCAUAUAUUACCAUAUCAUCACCAUAUAUCACCAUACACCAUCAUAUAAUCACCAUAUAUCACCAUAUAUCAAAUAUUUAUUUAAUCAUAAUAUCACAAUGUACCACAAUUAUCACCACAUAAUCACCAUAUAUCCCUAUACACCAUCAUAUAUCACCAUAUAAUCACCAUAUAUCACAUAUAGCACCAUAUAAUCAAAAAAUACCACCAGAUAUACCACCAAAUAAUCACCAUAUACCACCGAAUAACCACCAUAUACCACCAAAUAAUCAAUAUAUACCAUCAGUAUUAUAAGGUGUUCCACUUAAAACAGAUUCAAGUGCAACCAUCGUAAAGCCCCACAUUGACGUGAUCCGUUUUUUAUUGAGCCAAUUAUCACGUUAUGGCGCGCUUUCAAUCAAUAUUUUAUGCCGCUCCCCCUACCCCCCCCCCUCCAAACCGUGCCAAGUAAGGAACUUCCAAUGUCUUUCACCCCCCAGGAAAGGAAUAGCACAUAGAGCUGAAAAUAAAAGCAACCCUGAAGAGUUUCCCGGCCAAUACUUGGACACAAAAAAAAAACCGUAUUAACAUUUAGUUUAGUAUUGUAAGAUUCUAUUAUGCUGAACCACUUUCAUACAACAAGACUCGGAACAAUGCUCAACAUUAAAUGGCAGGACAGGGGUCCCAGACACUGAGGUGCUCGCUCACACGGGCAGGUCUCCCGAACAUCUUUACCAUCUAAAUGAAGCCCAAGCUUCGCUGGGCGGGACAUGCUGUGAGAAUGUCAGACGGCAGUCUGCCCAAAAGAAUUUUCUAUGGUGGGCUCCAACGAGGCAAGCGGUUUGCUGGCGGACAGAAGAAAAUGUUUUAAAGACAUCCUAAAAGCCUCACUGAAAGCGUUCAGCAUAAACCCAGACACGUGGGAGGAAAUAACAAAGGAUCGAACAUCAUGGCGUUCUACUUGGCACAGGAGCUCCAUGCAACAUGAAGUUGGCAGAACAGCAGUUGCACAGCGCAAGAGAGGAAGGCCCGAUCUGAAUCUGCUCCCGGAGAUGCCCCCUGCACCCACUACACAAGAGAAUUUCGUGCAAGAUCGGCCUCGUUAGACAUCUACUCACCCACAGACAGAACUAGCAAAGAUCUGCUGAUUAAAGUGGUCAUGGUUGACUCCCGAUGGAUGAACAACAACAACUAAGACAACAUAAGAUUAUAUAAGAUUAUAACGCUUUAGAUAUGUAUUGAUACCAACUAUUACAGUGGCAUCAUCUUUCCUUCAUCUUCCCCUUAAAACACAGAACAAACUGAUUUUUUUUUCGAGGUAGGGGUUGGGCUGAUUACUUUUAAGGAUGUGUUGUCAUCGGCAACGAGUCUGUGUAUCAUAUUUCCUCUCGAUAAGUUGACGGGAAGUGGGUCAAUUAGCCUUUGGAAGAUUUUGCCACACACACAGCCAGAAAGAAAUGCACGAACGCACGCGAAGUUAAUGUCAAGGUUUUAAAAAUACCGGAGGAUGAACCACAAUUCCUCUGGCUAAAUUUAAAAUAUUUGUUAAAACGAAAGUUCCGAGAGUAACGAAACAAGAUGUCUUCCGCUCGCGUUGUUCGGUGUAGGCAAGUGCCGAUGUCUCGAUGUCUUCAAUUAUUUAAGGGCAUGCCCAUUUCAUUUUGUUCACGUGAAGCACGCAGGCCUACAUGGUCGUUCUACCUUGGCCAGUCCACACGAUUCUAUUUCAUUAUUUAGUCAGACCUUUGAGUUGACGACAACACAGGUUCCAUAUGCAUAGACAGACAUUUUUACGUGAAAUAAAUUGAGCCAACCGGAAUCACGUCAUUUUUAAAUAAAAAAAUAAUUAUUUUUAAAAGACAAUUAAAUAUUAUUUUGUUAAUGUUAGUUGUUCUUGGGGAUAGCUCUCUAACAAUUCAUUUGGUAUGGAUAGGUGCGUUGACUGAAGGGGUGCAACUUCUAAACUCUAAAGGGAACCAGAUAUGCUAAGUGGGGGGGGGGGGAGGAGGGGAAGCUGUCGUAAAACGGGGGGAUGGAGGUAGGCCAGAUGAGCUUCUCAGCUGAACUUUCCCUCUCCUAGGAUUCUAUACCAUGCCGUGUGCGAUUUUUAAAGGGUAAUCCAAAAAAGGGGGGGGGGGGGGAGGAGGGGAAGCUGUCGUAAAACGGGGUGAUGGAGGUAGGCCAGAUGAGCUUCUCAGCUGAACUUUCCCUCUCCUAGGAUUCUAUACCAUGACGUGUGCGAUUUUUAAAGGGUAAUCCAAAAGAAGCGAGGGGCUUGUGGGGGUGGGGGUAUUGAACCUGAUACAAAGGCCCCCACCAGACAAAAAGACGCCCAUUAGAUGCGAAGACUCCUAAGCGAUACAAAGACUCCCAUGCGUCGCAAAGACUCCUACGCGAUACAAAAAGAACUAUACUUGGUUACAGACACGGCAACACUAUAACAUGACAUUAACAGGACAAUAACAUUACACUAUCAAUACAUUAACACACAAUAGCAACUGAACAACAGUACAAUUACCGUAGUGCAAUACAAAUACAAUAGCAGUACAAAAGCAAAACAAUCACAGUGCAUUAAAAGUACAAUAACUAAAUAGCAAAAAACAAAUUAAUAACAAAGUAUCUUACACUCUGCCAGUAAACACUGCACUGAAACUCACACAUACAGGCACGCAUACAUAUGCUUAUAAGCACGUACGCAGACUCAAACACACGCAUGCAUGCACACACACACACGCACCAUCACACAUAUGCGCACGUACACACAUACACACGCACACACACGCACACACAUACACGCCCAUGACAAAAUGAAAUGACAGGAAGCUCCACAACAAAGUACGUCCCUGAUUAAAGAAACAGCAGCCGCCAUGUUCCCACCAGAACCGGAAGUCAAUGAUGGAUAUGUACAGCAGUGCACUAUUGUACCGGGGUGUCGGUAAAGUACAGGAAAUUGACGUCAUUGGCGGGGCCGCCAUGUUUUUCAUGUCCUGUUGUUAUUAGGUGUAAGGGACGGGCAAGGAAGUACUUGUUGGAUUUUAGUGUGUGUCUGGGUGUGCGUGGGUGUGUGUGGGUGUGGGGGGGGUUGUUUGGUUUUUAAUAGGAAGGAUCGCAGGAUUUUCAAGAGGAGGACGCCUGCUGGAAUCAGCGUUUAAAACUUUUUUUUUCCUUUUACAAAAAACGUUAGAAGAAUAGUGUGUUCUUGCACCAACGGAUUCUGGCAAAGUACGCAGUGAUGAGGCUCUAACUGAAAAUUCUGAAUGAGUGGCCAUUCGUUCAGUCAUGUGGCCCUGAAGGGUCACGUGGCCUUGUAAGUCAUGUGGCCCUGUAAUGACAUGUAACAUCGUGAGUCAUGUAGCGCUGAGAGACAUGUGGCGCCGUCAGUCACGUGGCGCUGUGAGUCAUGUGGCAAUGCUAUUCAGGUGGCCCUGUGAGUCAGGUGGCCCCGUAAGUCACGUGGCAUUGUGAGUCAGGUGGCCCUAACAUCAAAGUCUAAAUGAGUAGCCCUUUGGAGAGUUCAAAAAUCUUUAAUAUUUAAUAUUAAUAUAUAUCCAUAUAUAAAUUUAUUUAUAAAAGCAUUUGGUCACACCAAAAACUGUAUUUUAAAAAUAAUAUUAAUUUUUUUUUUAAAUAAAUGUUGAUUAAAUCUAGAGUGGCCCAUUUUAAAUGUACCACACAGAAGAGGAAACGCUGUGAUACUCAAAAAAUAGGAGCUGCUCAUUCCUGCUCAAGGCAAUCAGGGACUGGAACAAUCUUUCCAAAGGAACGGUUGAGGCGACAACACUAGACACAUUUGUGUCUAUUGCCUCAAGCCUUCAAACCCCUAGUGCAUGAUUCCCUCAUAAAGUGGCACUGGAAAUCAGUGAAAUGUCCUCAUCAACACCAGGCACAGAAACAUUGCAAAUCCCAUCUACAUGCAUAGGAGCCAAAAUGAUCAAUAACUUGAUCAAGGGCCCUUAAGAUAUAGAAGAAGAAUAAAAUGUUUAUAAAAUUUAAAAAAAAAAAAUAAUUACUGUAUUUAUUGGCGUAUAAGACGCACCUCAAUUUAAGAAGGAAAUUUCAGGGGGAAAAAAAAACUAAACAUUAUAUAGGCGUGUAACACGCACACAUCAUUUGCCCACUAUUUUCAUGGAGAAAAAGUGCAUGUUAUACGCCAAUAAACACGGUAAUCAUAAAUGAUUUAAUUUAACUCUUGAAAUGGCUGACCAACCACUGCAGCGUCCACUUUCUCAGCUCGCAUUUUACUUUUUUAUGUUCAGUUUAGUUCGUACAUUUUCGUUGCCAAGCUAAAUCGGUACACGAAUCAGAAGACCUGUAGUCUUCUAUGAUCUUUGCACUGCGGCAUCGCUAAACAACAAUCUCCUCCUAUUGGAGUAAGCUUUUCAGACGUUUUUAUCACCGUGGAAUACCGGAAGUAGGCCGACGCAGCAUGUCGAGGACCAAUAGAAAAUGAACUCGGCGCGCGCGCUGAUGAUCUCCAACCAAAUGCCAUUAAACCUCUUCCCAUUCAGCUGUUUUGAAAUCUAUUUUUAAAAUUGAUGCAGUGAUUGUGUUGUUUCUGUGUGGAAAUACCAGAAUGGACCACUUCAUCUGAUUACAAGCUAUUAAUUUUUUCUAUUAUUCAAUCGAUUACUACUUUUGUUCCAUCGACUAUAUCUUUCAUUCCCAUUGUCGUCAGAAUUGCAAAAAGUCCCCUUCACCCAAAAAAAGGGGGUGAGGUGGGGGAUCUUUAGGCUAUACAGUGAAGGGAGGGGAUUGUAGAAUAACAGUCUGAAGGAUCUCAGGGUGGGAGGGGGGGUUUGAGGGGAGGGCUGGGGGAGGCGCUGAUGUGACGUUGUUAAGUGGGCUGAAGAUCGAACGUCCCUAAGGGCUGAUGCAAAGAUUGUUGUGUAUGUGGAUGUGUGUGUGUAUGGGUGUGUGUGUGUAAGUGUUGUUUUUUUGUUGUGGAGGCUGGGGUUAUAAAGGGUUUGGGGGACUAAGGCGUUGUCGGGCUCACGUAUUUGGUGACAAUGAAUUCAAAUAUUAUCAAUUUCCGAUAUAAAUGUUGUUAAAAAUUCAGUGCUGGCACUGUCAAGGUAUUUGUGUGAAGAUUUUCUCCCCCCCCCCCUACUCCCUUCCUAAUAAUAAGACUGACCCCGACACCAAAUCUUUAAGACUGAUUGUGACACCAGAUCCCUAAGACUUAUUGUGACACCAGAUCGUUAAGAACUGUCAAGGUAUUUGUGUGAAGAUUUUCCCCCCCCCCCCCUACUCCCUUCCUAAUAAUAAGACUGACCCCGACACCAAAUCUUUAAGACUGAUUGUGACACCAGAUCCCUAAGACUUAUUGUGACACCAGAUCGUUAAGAUUGAUUGUGAUACCACCUUUUUAAGACUGAUUGUGAUACCAAAUCUUUAAGACUGAUUGUGAUACCGAAUCUUUAAGACUAAUUGUGAUACCAACUUUUUAAGACUGAUUGUGACAACAGAUCUUUAAGACUGAUUGUGAUACCAGAUCUUUAAGACCGAUUGUGACACCAGAUCUUUAAGACUGAUUGUGACACCAGAUAUUUUAGACUGAUUGUGACGCCAGAUGUUUAAGACUGAUUGUGAAACCAGAUUUUUAAGACUGACUCUGACCUUUGAACUCCAAAUAUUUUUGUUUUGUUUUGUCCACAGAUAACUAUGAAAAUAACACACCUUGCGCCCACGGCCUUACACUGACCACCUGUGUCCCGCAGUCCGGCGAAACUGAACUGAGGCCCUAAGGUCAAGAUGGAAGAAGCCUCGCGACUUUCAAGGUCGGGUGUCGACGCCAUGACGACCGCCGGGCCUGGGCCUGAAAGAAGGACAUCGACCUUCACCACGGUCCAGGUAUGCGGACCCAGAGUUUCAAAGCACUGACUGCUAAGUUUAUUUAUCUACGACGUGGGCGCAGAAUGAAACUAGUAUUCUGGUCACAAAACUCCAUUUUAACAGCUUUAUGCUUACUUGUUACAUGCCGCUAUCAUGUGUAGAGAGCGUACGGCUUGUGACUAUUAGUACACAACAAAGGAUUAAACAUUAAUUAAAUACAGUAAUGAAGAGCGAUACCCAAAGUAGGGCUAAUUAGAAACAAUGAUUUAUUAAGCUAACUUGACAAAAACAAAAAUCAAAUGGAAUGAAAUAAAUCCAAGGCUUUUCACUUACAGUACAGCAAUGAACUGGUACCGGUGCAAUGUUAGAAAGGUGCACACACAUGCACAGUAAAUAUAAUGUACAAAAUCUACGAUCAGUACAGUAUGUCAGUCUAUAAGUCAAUUCGUCUCGCUCCCGACUUGCAUCGCGAAAAUCUGUCUUUCUCUCUCUUUGUCUUGCAGACUCUAUCUAGCUCUCCGUCCGUCGGCUUAUUUGUAUUCUUUCAGAGAGACUGUAUUCUUUUCCGGAAAGGGAUUACGCAUCGUAUCUGUACCUGGUCCUGUCUCGUAAGUUGUAGAGAAUUUGGCUAUAGGCUGUGCUUACACGUAGCCAGGGAGUUCAAGGGAGACCAUUUAUAAACAAGGCGAGCUUCCACCAUAGCAUCAUGUUCUAGUUGGGAUAUUUUAAAUGCGAAGAAAAGAAUGUCCGGCAAGCAACAUUCUUAGAAAAAAUAUUUUGCUUGUCACCACGGAUUCACGUUUUUUUUUUAAAAUGCGUAUUCCAUGAUGGGAUUAACUAUUUCUGUCUUCAGUCACUGAAAGUGAAUAGUUGCUUUAAAAAAGGAAACUGUAGGACUCUGACCCAUCUUUUGCGGACAGGUCUCAAAACCAAAUGUUAUGGAUUGAAUUCACAUACAAAGAUAUCUAUCUGGGUAAUAAGUCAUACAGAGCCACUAAGUUGCAGUGCGUGAAUUUAAGAGCUUAUUUUGUUAAAGCAAACUUAUAAGGAUAAGAAAGACGCGAAUCAAAAUUCACAUUUAAAUGACAAUGCUUUCCCGAAAAACUCAGAAAAAAAAAUACUAUUUUAGCAAAAUUCAUCAAACAUUUUGAUAAUAGUCAUAGAAUACAGGUCGCCUUAAAGAUUUUAUUCUUAAGAAGAUGAUCCUAUUCAAUGAUAAAUUCCACACUCUGUCUAUUUUUGUUGUGUUUUAAUUGCAGAUCACUCCCAUCAAAGCCUCACCGGAAAUGAAAAAUGCCAUCAGACGACAGAGGCGCAUGGUCGGCAUAGGCUACGCCCCUUCGGGACUUCCUUCCCAAAGGGUUUUCAAACCCGUCUACAGGGCCGUGCUGCCUGGGGGCGUCCAGCCCAACAGUACACAGUACACCAUCAUCACGUCCCACAGCCUGAGCGGACGUGACGUCACUGACGACCUCAAUGGCGUCCAUCAGCGUGACACGGUCGACGACGAGAUGGAGACUACCGCCAACAGCGCCAUUCCUAAAUACGGAAGUGACGUAAAGACGCUGAGGGUCAACAACGGUGGCUACAGCGUCAUCUACGAGAAAAGAGUUCACUUGCAAGGGGACAAAAUGGUGAGUCCGAGAGGAGAAGCAGACAAUGCCAUGCUUACAUCGACGCCUGCAAGUCUGAGGUUAACCCUCGCGCCCAACCAUCACCGUCAGUUGAACAUGGUGCGGUCAGUGACCUCAGAUCACCUGACUGGACGAAACCCGAUGGUCAGUAACAUGAAGCCGUUUUUGGAUGACAGCAGGAUAAGCAGCGAGUCCUGGCAGCGAGGUAAUCACGUGUUCCUGACACAAAGCAGGAGAGGACAUAUAAAUAUGACCUUCCAAGGUCAGGAACAUGGCUUUGCCGAGAACUCAAGAAAAACUGAUCCCCAGACAAUAAUGCAACCAGAUAUCACCGAUGCGGAGUCCGCACCGGCAACGGAAAAACCCGAUACGGGUAAUAUCCACCAGAAGCACAACAUGCCGAGAGAGAUGCCGUGUGUUGACUUUGCCAACAGCAUCAUCAGUGCCGUGAACUCUGACCUUAACCAAGUCUACCAACUCUGCCACGCAAGAGUCAAAUACUCAGACAUUAUAGAAAAAGCGCAGCCCCACAGGCUUAAUGACAACGCUUCGACGCGUGGGGGCGCAACAAGUAAACUAAGUAUUGGGGCCCCUAAUACUGGCGUGCCAAAUCAGCUCAGUUUUUUCUCUCCGACUUCUGCCGCCUCUUCGUCCCCUUUGACGUCUCCAAGGCGUUCACAGUUGUUCCCCAACCUUCUCGUUAAACCUUCCAGGCAGGUGUUUUCAAACAAGUCAGCUCUAGAAUUCGACACAUCCUCAUGGUCGACAACCUAUCCUGGACAAGAUUUUAAGAAAGAGUUCUCGGAAUCGUCCCAGACUUCAGCGCCAGAACCGGUGGUCGAUUAUGAUAAGUCCGAUACUUUCGUGAUCGAAUUUAACGGAAACGCUUCUCCGAAUUCAAAAAGACCAAUUUUAAAGCAUACUCUUAAAACGACCAACACUGGCGACACCUACGGCAAGACACCUGCUGGAGACGUCAACAACAACAGCAACAGCAGCAGCACCGAUACGUUUCCAACAGUUACAGCGGGUCAGGGUAGCAGGAAUGGAAACACGGGGGUGUCAACCAGUACGUUCAAUCUGCAAGCGAGACGGAAGCUCCCCGAGAACGCCGGGCCGACCGCUGGCAGCAGAGAAAAGGGGAGGCUAGUGCGAUUCAACGCUGAUCCUAAAAUUCACGAGUUCACUCCCUCCGAACCAGUUGUUCCCUCGAAGUUCCCUCAAACUGACUCGUAGAUUAUACACAUUGUAUUUUAUUAGUGGAACUAAAAAGAUAACCCGCCAAACCAUGGCGGCCAAACCAUGGCGGCCAAACCAUGGCGAUGGCAAUGCAUGCACUUCCCGUCUGCUAAAGUUACUUGACAAAACAUCCAUUGAAGUAACGCAAUUGUUAAGAAUUCCCAAUUAGUGCUGACCUCUAGGAAUUCACGCUCGCUUUGAACUCAGCCACACAUAUGUACUUUUAAAAUUGUUUUUUCUGAUUUACAACGUUCCGAGGCCAGUACUUUUUCCACAUGAAUUACUGUGUUAACAAAAAUUUGUUGGAAUAAAAAAAAAAAAGAAAAAGAUCAGUGAAGUCAAAAUACAUGUGUUAAUGUUUAUAAUACAGU